UUCGGGUUUUUCAAUACGUCAAUCAAACACACGAUAACUUAUGUUAUUAGAUAUUGACUCUGAACGAAGUCCUGGGUUUUGUUUCACUAUAUUUUGUUUUAUUCUUAAUAUUAAAAGUUACUUUUAAGGAUAGGUGUAUUAUUAAAAUGUCCGAUUUCACCAAACAUUCGGCUUCAGGAAAAGUGUUGUCGAACUUGGAUGUUAUUACCUGUCCUGUGUGCCUGGAAAUUUUUGAUGAUCCAGUGAGGAUUUGUUGUGGUCAUUCAUUUUGUGACAGCUGCUUAGUGAGUGAUGAGAGUGAAGAAAACACACCCAUAUGUCCUUCAUGCAAAGCAUCUUUUGACCCUGAAAAGAAAAGAAAAGCACAUAACAUUAACAAGAUGAUUUCAACUUACAAAGGAUUAUGUGUGGUUUGCAAUAAACAGAUGGCCCUCUCAAAACUACAAGUACAUCAGAUGUUUUGCUCGAACAAAGACAGCGAGGAGCUUGGUGCAUGUGGAGGAGAGCCAGUACCAGAAAAAUCAGUGCUGCCAGAUGAGCCAAAUAGAAUUACCUUUAAAUGUCCUUACUGUUCAUUGAAGGACUUGAAUGUUCAUAGCUUACGUGAUCACUGCAGUCAGAAACAUGUGGGGGAAAAUAUGAAUGUGGUUUGUCCUGUCUGUGCUUCCAUGCCAUGGGGUGAUCCUAAGAAAAGAAGUGCUAACUUCAUUGUUCAUCUUAAUCUUCGACACAAGUUUGAAUAUGAAUUUUUUGUUGACUACAAUUUGGACGAUGCUGAAGCCAUGGAGAAAGCUCUAGAAGCUUCUUUAACAGAAUUUUAGAUGUCUUAACCCAUUCACUGUGGCUGGGAUGUAUAUUUCCAAGUGUUCCCACUCCCUCAAACUGUGACAAAUGUUUCCCAUUGUUAAUGCUGUUUAUGCCUUCCUCUGCUGGGUCCAGGUUCAUCAUCUUGACUAUCAUCAUCAGAUAGAGAGCUAGUAUCCUCUUGUCUCAUUGCCUCUUCAUCAUCACGCAUUUGAACACCACUUAACUCAUUUUCACUAUCUUCUAAGCUAUAUGAGUCAAGCGCAUCAAGCAUAUUAACAUAGUAACUAGGUUACUACUCACCUCUAUAGUGAUGUGGAUAUGGUUGGCAUGCAGUUGUCGUACAUUCCACUUAGGCAUCUUGUUGGUUACUGAAUGGAAAACAUUGAGGGGAUCCAUAUAUCAACAUUUGGUGGGCUGACAAUAAACACUUUCCAACUUAUUUUAUUCCCAUACCUCAUGCACAGUAAUUUUGAAUGACGAUGGGAAACAGUUGUCACAGUUGCAGUGUGAGGGGGUGGGUGUACUGGGAAAUAUACGUCCCAGCUGCAGUGAAAGGGUUAAAGAUGAUCUGUAAAUAUCUCUUGAAAGUUUGUUUAGUUAUGGUAUUGGUACGCUUGACUGUUGCCUUUGUUCUUUUAAAGAUAUAAACAAAUGUUUUGAAAGUUUUUUUAUCUUUUUGUAGACUACCCUCAUUGUAAUAUUGGAUUGUUAAAUAUAUACAUACAUAUAUUUGUCAUUUUGAGUAUCUAACCCAUGUGAAUAUUUAAAAGUGCAUAUAAUUUUUUCAAUCAUUGUUUUAUUAAACUUUUAAUUUGAGAAAAUGAAUUUAUUACACUUAGUUUUUGAGGGAUACAAUAUGAAAAUUAUAAAGGAUUUUAUAUCUAGAAAAUAAACUUGAUGUAGAUGAGGAAUAUAGAAUGAGAGUACAAUGUAUAAGAUUAUAAGAACACAUUCACAUCCUUUCAUCUUUCAGUGAUAUUCUGCAUUAAAAUAAGUUCUGUCCUUGUGAAGUAGAAGCUGUAUUAUUGCUGUAUGGAUGAAAUUCUCAAGCCCAUCUUAAUUUAUACACUUUGUUUUGUAAGUAUAUGGGGCUUUAAGCAACCUGAAGUUAAAAGAAAUCCUUAAGUAAAUAUUUCUUGGUCCUCUAUCCUUCAGUAAACUUGUUGCCAUCUUUCAGAUUUUGUCUAGAAGCCACUUUAAAUGCAGUGCUAUAAUCCUGGCCAAACCAAAGAACCUAUUUGUCUUAGAAACUCUCUAACCUGAAAUAUUUUUAUAUGUGCACAAUCAAUAAGCUAAUUUUAUUUGAUAGUUGAAAUAUUUAAUUCUGUUUGAUUUUUAUCAAUUGCAAAAUUUUGUAUCCAUUUCAAACUUGGCCAAUUUAGUCUUUUAUUUUAAAAAUAAACUUUUUUCCUUCUUUUUUUUAUAGCCUUUUAUUUUGUCUUUAUGUUACUGGUAUAACUAAACAACUUUCUAGAAUUUUGUAUAAAGCUGAGGAAGAACUUGGAUGAAUAUUUAGCAGUAGGUGAUAUGGAAUCUUAACAUAAGGACAACAAGGGACAGUUUGGUCCUUGAAGGCUGUCCUUGUAAUCAACAUGUGAGGAAAGUAAAAAAUUUGAACUCACACUAUUAUUUUUAGAGAAUCGUCAAUUAUGUUUUUAAACUCUUAUAAUGUUCUGGCUUCUACUACCAAUAGCAACUAAUUCCAUAAGUUAAUCACCCUGUUAAAAAAAUAAAACUUUAUUUUUACAGAUCUUAAA